CCGAGCUGAGAGCCGACGGCCCGGCCCGGCCAUGGAGAACGGCACCGUCUAUAACGAGACCACGGAACCGGAGGCGAAGGCGCCCCGCCGCCGCCCUUUCGGCUUCACCCUGCGGCACCUGUGGGGAUGGAAGCUGCCGGUCAAGGUGGUCCAGACGAUUUUCUCUUUUGUGGCGGUUGUUUGUGAAGAAAUUGUGGACAAUUGCAUUUCUUGUAGUGGACUUUAUUUCUUUGAAUUCAUCAGCUGCAGUGCCUUUCUUUUGAGCCUCCUGAUUCUGUGUGCAUAUUGCACUGAUUUAUAUGAAUCACUGGGGCAAGAUAAAGUGCAGAAAGUGAAUUUUUGGGCUGUGCCAGUCAUAGGUGCAUCAUUUCUGCUAGCGUCAAUAGUAUUUUCUGCAACGUGCUCUGGCUCUGCUGUUGAAAGUGCUGCAUGUGUAUUUGGAUUUUUUGCAACUUUUGCAUUUGCAGCUGAGUUUGGUGGAGAGCUCUUUCUCAGGCGAAAACAAAAACACACCAAUGAACGCUCUGAAAAUCCUGGUAACACUCCAAGUGCCACAGAAAAUCAGCCAUUGAAUAAACAAAGCUAACUUUC